ACAAGAAUCCUAUGCUCGUUUCUAAUUUAGUGGCGUAGUAUUUUGUUGGGCACAUUUCUUACUCGCCCAUUGAAUGGAAUAACGAGUCAACCAAGCCCCCCAUUCUCUCUUCUUCAUCUUCUGAUUUUGAAUAACGGAACCCUCUUUUCUUUAACGUCUUUUCAACUCUAAAGAACCUUCUUGAAAAUUCGUUAAUAAACGGUCAAAAACUAAUUGCAAAGAAUAACUAUACACAAAUGGUAGCUCUAAAGGUAUAAAUACACACGCCUGCCUGCUGCAUCUUAACCAACACAACAUAGCCAAACUACAAACACUAAAGUUUAACCCAUCCAUCUUUUUUCCUAAACUUGAAGAAUGAGUGUAGAACUCUUGGAUAGUGCCACAAUCACAAGCUUUGUGGAAGACGAUAUGGCCUUCAACAGCUGUGUCGAACACCGUUUCACCACACUUGAUACCAACCAUGACGGAGUCCUUUCAUAUCCGGAGAUGCUCAAGGAACUUCAGAGUCUUCGUGUUUUUGAAACUCACUUUGGUGUUGAUGUCAAGGUUGGAGUGGAGGAAAUCAACAACACUUACGGUGAAUUGUUUCAUCAGUUCGACCAUGAUCUUAACGGUGCAGUUGAUAUACAAGAGUUUAAGGCUGAGACAAAGAGAAUGAUGAUAGCCGUGGCUAAUGGUCUUGGGUUCUUACCAGUCCAUAUGGUAUUGGAACAAGAUAGCCUCCUUAAGAAAGCUGUUGACAGGGAAUUGGCCAACAUUGCACCAUAGAGUUUUAUAUUCAACAAUAUUAACAAAAGGUUUCAUUUCGGAUUUCUAUUUUGCCAAAAUAUGUAGCCAACAGAGAGUACCAUUACAGCGGAAAGCUUUUUUUUUUUUUUUUUUUUACCGGUUUAGUGUCAAUAUGUAACGGAAAAGUACCACUAUAGCCCAGAAGGGGAAAAAGAUUAAUAAAAUAUCAGUUUCUUGCUAUUUAUUGAAA